UAUCAAGCAAAGCAUGAUUUCAAUCAAUGCGGAAUAUCUCACAAAGAAGCGAUUGCUGAUCACUGUUGCAUCUCUCCCGCAAGCUUCCUCUAUACGCUGAUCGAAUCAAGUCGCAGCUUCUAUUUGCCAUCUGAAAUGUGCUUUAAUGUUGCGUCAUUACUGUUUUCGGGUGACGUGACUCGUGUGUCAACACAGGACCCUUUCAUAAACAUAGUAUGAUCCAUCUAUAUUGGAACUGAAAAGAACAGAGAGAGAGAAAAGCAUAUUUGAUUUCAUUCAAGCUGUACUGAAUGUCAUCCCGCACUGGCGUCCCGGGGGAGGAGCCGGGCAUCCACAGAACGACAACGAAUCUACCGUUACGCGACACAAUCUAUUCUCAACCUCAAGAGGACGUCAGUUAUAAGAAUGCACCGCCAGAACAUCCUAACCGGACCCUGAGACCCGGGGUCUACGUCCCUACUUUCACAUUUUUCAAAAAGACCACAGAAGAACUCGAUGAAGAGGCAAUUGCCAGGCAUGCGGUGCGCAUGGCCAAGGCCGGCAUAGCGGGUAUAGUUACCCAGGGCACCAACGGUGAAGCCGUCCAUCUCACCAGUAUUGAGCGUUCUGUGGUUAAUAGGACGACUCGUGAUGCCCUUUCUAGAGCUGGCUAUGAGGAUUUUCCCAUAAUUGUUGGCUGUGGAGUACAAUCAACUCGUGAGACGAUUGACCUCUGCCGCCAGGCUCAUGAUUCUGGUGGGGACUAUGCCGUGAUUCUUCCUCCGUCAUAUUAUAAAGCGAACUAUAAGCCGGAAUGUAUCAAGGAUUACUUCACGGAAGUUGCUGACGCUUCUCCUCUACCCAUCCUUAUCUACAACUAUCCCGCCGUCACUGGCGUCGACCUCGAUUCUGAUACCAUCAUCGAGCUGGCUAAGCAUCCCAAGAUCGUGGGUUGUAAACUCACGUGUGGAAAUACAGGGAAGCUUAAUAGGAUCGCGGCGGCCACCAGUGCGAGAACGCAUGCAGAUCAAGGUUCUGGAUUCAUGUGCUUGGGUGGCUCUGCGGAUUUCACAAUCCAGAGUCUCGUGGGAGGUGGCUCGGGGGUCGUUGCUGGCCUGGCAAAUUUCGCUCCUAAAUCCUGCGUGAGGCUAGCAGAGCUUUACAACUCUGGCAGUUACCACGAGGCCAAGGGGCUUCAAGCACCUGUGGCUCGCGGAGAUUGGGCGGCUAUCAAGAGCGGUAUUUCGGGGACUAAAUGUGCACUUGAGCAGUUUUUCGGGUAUGGGGGGUUCGCCCGUAAACCGCUGCCUCGUCCGACAAAGAAAGAGGCCAUCGACCAUCAAGACAUGUUUCAGGAAAUUGCUGAUAUGGAGAAGUUACUCUGAUCAAGUAUUUAGCCUUUUUUUGCUGUGUAUGUCUGUCAAUUAUCAGAGGGCUUUCUGCGGACAAGAUGAUGAUAAUGGUCCGUUCCGUGUGACUAUACUUGGUAGAAUUGAG